AUGAUCCCCAGAAGAGAAUGUGGGUAUUAUGAUGGAAUCUAUGUGAUAUGGUUGGAUAAGAUAAUGCUUCAGGAGACGGCUCUGGUAAAAGGUUGGGAUCAUGCUUACUGCUUGAAUGACAACAUCAACGAUUAUAUGUUUGAGGAGUGUGUCUGCCUACUUCUUAGAGUCAAUUUGUUUAAACCUUUGAUUGUGGAAAAUCAAGAAGACAUUUAUGAUGAUGCUGAAGAUUAUUAUCCAUAUAAGGAGGAAGAAGAUGAUUUAGAUGAAGUUUGCUUUAGUAGUUCAACAAAUCUUUUCAUUGGUAAUCGAAGCUGGGGAGACAAUGGAUAUGUCAGGUUAAGACGCCAAGAAGCGAGUGCACUCAAACACGAAGCAGCUGUAAAGAUGCUGAAGAAAGCAGCAGCAACAUUUGGUGAGGUUGGGCCGGACGUGAAGCCAUUUCUGUAA